AUGACCGAAGAAGAGGGCACAUAUCAACUUUCCCGGGACUACCUAGCCUCUGGAAGGUUGACUGCCCAGCACUAUCUGAUACUCCGUCGAUCUGGAUGGCUUCUUCAUCCAGAAAUCGCGUCAGCAGUCCGAGGUCGAACAGAUCUUGCUAUUGCGGACCUAGCCUGCGGGAAUGCAAUUUGGGCUUUGGACAUGGCGUCCGAGUUUCCUAAUGCAACAGUCGUGGGCAUGGACAUCUCCACGCAACAGUUUCCGACCGAGGCUUCUUGGCCCCAUAAUCUAUCCUUGGAGACUCACGACAUGUUCCAAGCAGUGCCUGAAAAGUACGUCGGACGCUUUGAUAUUGUACACAUCCGGCUUGUGUUGGCUGCUGUGCACAACCAGGGCAAGGACCGGUUGUUGCAAAAUGUCUUGACACUGCUCAAGCCGGGCGGAUAUAUCCAGUGGACGGAGGCUCUCUUACCGGUCUUCAUCUCGCCCAUAGAGCUCUCACCGUCGUCCGUCUUCCGUCAGCCUUCGGCUCUAGAAACGCACUGCAGGAAACUCAUGGGAGCAUCGGCGUGGCUCGCGCAAUUGCAUGACGAAUUUGAAGCACGAGGCUUGACCAACACACAAAGAAGCAUGAUACCCCUUGUGCCCUGGCUCUCGAAGCAAGACAAUGAUAACACACUCGGAGUAAUGGAUGAUAUUCUUCGGAGUAUGCAGAGCCGAGCCCCGAAAGCAGUUGUCGAUGAACACAGAGCGAUCAUGGAGGAGACUGUGCGUGAAAUGGGACAAGGGCGCAUGUUUUUUGCGAAGUAUUAUACGGCCAUCGGCCAGAAGCCAAGCUGA